GCGUAUUUAGCGGUUGAGUUAUACGAGGAAGCGGUUUAAUUUUAAACGUAAACGGUCACUUUAUUUUCACUUUUACCUUUACUUUAGUAUCGUUAGAAAUAGUAGUAAGGAAUAAUUACAGUUUGAAACAUGUUUGCUGCGUCGAAAUUCACCCCGACGCCGCGUAAAUUGAGACGAGAGAAAACUUCGGCGUCCUCCUGCAGUUCUGAUGUGGACAAAGACCCGGUACAUGUAUAUUGCCGUUUGAGACCACUCAAAGAAACCGUUGAUGCCAAGUCCUGUAUGGUGCUGUCUACCCCGCAGGAAAUAUGCAUAUCCAGCGAAUCGAAGGGCAUCCGACGAGAGAUGUCCUACAAAUUUAGGCAUAUAUUUACGUCCUAUGCAACGCAAAAGGAAAUCUUUGAUCACAUCGGCUUCCCCUUGCUGGAAGACUUGCUAAAAGGUAAAAAUGGCUUGCUGUUCGCCUACGGAGUCACAGGCUCCGGGAAAACUUACACCCUAACUGGCGACCGCAACAAUCCAGGCAUCAUGCCUAGGUGCAUUGAUACCUUGUUUAAUUCCAUCAAGGAUUUACAAACGCCGAAAUUUAUUAUUAAAUCCGAUAGAAUGAACGGUUUCGAGAUACAAUCAGAAACCGAUGCGGUGCAGGAUCGGCUAAACGAGAACCGGCUCCUUAGGGCUACAAGGAAUUGCAGGAAACUAAACGGGGACUCCUCGUAUUUCGUUAACGAAGGUACGAUGAUUCCUUUGGUCAAUCAAAGCAAUGCUUAUGCCGUGUUCGUUUCGUACAUCGAAAUAUACAACAACAGCGUCUUCGACCUCUUGGACGAAUCGAGUAACGGAAAAACCCUGCAGAACAAAAUCUUGCGGGAGGAUCCGAACAGAAAUAUGUACGUAAACGGUGUGGUCGAAGUGGAAGUCAAAACCGCACAGGAGGCUUUCGAGUUAUUCCUCACGGGACAGAAGCGUAAGCGGAUGGCUUACACGAAUUUGAAUUCGGAAUCGAGCAGGAGUCACUCGGUGUUUAAUAUCAGAGUGGCCCAAUUGGAAAGGCUACCCGUCGAUUCCGAUGGAAGGCCUAUUAUUCCUGAGACGAACCUUUUGACUGUUUCACAGUUGAGUAUCGUGGAUUUGGCCGGUUCAGAAAGAAGCAGUAGGACUAAUAAUACAGGAACAAGAUUAAAAGAAGCAAGCGCCAUCAAUAAUUCCCUAAUGAACCUUCGCACCUGUUUGGAAGUGCUCAGAGAGAACCAGCAAACGAACGCCAAUAAAAUCGUACCGUACAGGGACAGCAGGCUCACGUAUCUCUUCAAAAACUACUUCGAAGGCGACGGCAACGUCCAAAUGAUCGUGUGCGUGCACCCUGCCAUCACCGAUUUGGAGGAGAAUCUUCACGUUAUGAAAUUCGCCGAGAUGACCCAAGACGUAAAAGUCCAGAAAUCCGAGCCCAAAGCCACGCCGAUUAUAACUAAAAAGACCAUAUCGAAGCGAGUGGCUACUCCAGCUAAGGUGAUGAACCACAAAACGAAUUUACUAACGAACAUUCCCGUUUUCAAAUUCGACGUCAACGAAAUCGAUUUGUGCGGAUCGAUUAUUAACGAUAUAAUAGACGUUCUGAAGCAAAAGAAGACCAAAUCCAACGAAAUACACAGAGUGAACAAGACGUUCCGCAAGCGAUUAGUUGACAUCGAUAAAGAGUGCUUGUUUAACAAAGCGCAAAUAGACAAUCUGAACGGGUUGCUACAAAGGCAACAAUCGAAAACGAGCAAUUUAGAGACGAAAAUCAAUUUAAUCGAAACGAAGAAUGGAGUGUUGGGCGAAAAGAACAAGGAACUGAACGAAAUGGUGAGAACCUUGCAAAAUACAAUCGACGAGAAGGAUCUGAAGCUGAAUCAGAAUUUGAUCGAAAAGGAACGAACCAGGCAGAAGUUAGCUCUGGCCAGCGAGAUAAUGUCGCAGGAGCUCGAUGCUAAAUUGAAAAAGCAACGGGACCAUUUGAACGCCGCCAUGGUGGCCAAGGAUAUGCAAUUGAAGAAAGUCCGGGAAGCCUUGGAAGCAGAGGUGACUGUCGAUGUUAAUACCGAAGUUACUAUUCAACCUCCCCAAACGCCUAAAUCGCCUAAAACACAAUCGACUGUCGACUAUUCUAAAAGAUACACGCCUAGAAGGAGAUCCAAAUCAUGCGAAGAGAAAUGGCUAGAACACAAUUCCAUCAAGCCCGUACCUCUAGGCACUGUUUUGCAGCCUUCGAUGAAGAAACGCAAGUCCGUAACUAAGCUAACGAAGGCCUCUGACGUGACCAAUCCCAAGCAAUCGAAGUACUGCCUGUUGGCCCAAGAGCAGGAUACGGAUGGGGAAAUCGAAACCAAAGUUUACAAAGGGGACAUCGUGCCCACGACAGGUGGCGGGGCCCAAGUGAUUUUCAACGAUGUGGAGAGAUUGAGGCAACAGUCGCCUACUGCGAGCGAUUAGCAUGGUUUUUUUAUCUGAUUUUUUGAGUUUAUAUUUUGUACGUACUCGAAUUGCGUACGGUUAGACAGGAAUAGCGUGUUGUAUUCGAUGUUACUGUCGACCGGUUUUGUAUUUAAUGUGUAUAAUAAGCAUUUUUAUAUGUUGGUUAAGGUUUUUAUAUAAUUUUAAAAUAAAUGGGUGAAAUCG